UUCCAAUCUCCACCUCGUAACAGACCAAUCCUUCGAGAUUUGACUACGCUGAGGACCUGGCCUCGUUGGUCAGUCUGAACGAGUCCAGUGUCAUCAACACCCUCCGCCACCGGUUCCGGUCACAGCUGGUUUACACCUUUGGUGGUCCGGACUUGAUAGCCAUCGCGCCGUAUUCUUGCGUGGCCAACGGCUCAAGAAAGGCGUUCAAAGGGAAACGGGACGGCAUGUCUCCACACAUCUUCUCCAUGGCCCAGAGAACCUACUGGACCAUGCUGACCCAACGGCAGGACCAGACCAUUAUGCCCCUGGGAAGGUCAAGUGCAGGGAAGACCACCUGCUGCCAGAACGCCCUCGAAUAUCUGGUGGAGAUGGCAGGCAGUGUGGACAACCGGGUCACAGUGGAGAAGAUCCAGGCCAUGUCCACCAUCCUCCGAGCCUUCGGGACGGUCUCUGCUGGCCGUAACAGAGCGUCCACCCGCUUCUCCAUGGUCAUGGCGCUGGACUUCAACGCCUCUGGCCGCAUCACAGCUGCCCAUCUCCAG